AUGGAAAGAUAUGGGCUGGCCAAUAAUGACUGGUUUUCAUCAAUGUUUGCAUCUAGAAAGUUUUGGGUUCCAGCCUUUUUCCGUGAUUUUCCGAUGAGCUCGUUGAUAAAGACAACAUCUUUGUCUGAAUCACAGAAUAGCUUCUUUAAAAGGUACUCAAAGUGUCGGGCUAACCUUAUGCUAUUUUAUAUGAACUAUAACCAUGCUUUGGAGGCUCAAAGAAGUAAUAGCGCAAAGCUUGAAUACUAUGAUUCAACAAAAGUGCCUAUAUUGCGAACAGAAUUGGAAAUUGAGAAACAUGCAUCAACGAUAUAUAGUGGUAGUGCUUUUAAUGCAAUUCAAGAGGAGAUAGUUUAUGCAUGUUUCUCUUUGUCUUGUUCAACUCUAGGAAUGUCUACCAAUAGAGAGAAUGAAGUAUAUAACAUAAAUGACAAGGAUUCAAACUCAUGGACAGUGACUUACUCCAUUGGCGAUGACACCUAUUUGUGUGGAUGUAAAAAGUUUGAAAGACUUGGUCUAUUGUGCAGCCAUAUAUUUUGUGUGUUGAAAUAUAAGUUUGUUAAGUUGAUACCCGAGAAUUUGCGUGGAUGGAGAUGGUUGAAGUCACAGUUUGUGAAGCCAAUACAUGGAGGUUUUUGUGAUGAUGAAGAAAUAUUCUCUGUUGUGGACGAGAAGAAGAUUGCAUUUAAAAACUUGUAUGCAUUAUUCUUUGAAAUAGCACAAAGUAUUGAAGGGAACAUUGACCAAAUCAAUGCAUUUACUGCAAUUAUUGAAGAAGGUAAGAAGCAGCUUUUCGGAAGUGUUGUUCUGUCUUCGACAGAGAAAAGAGCAUUGAUUGAGAACUUCUAUGGCUCACAAGUUCCAAACAUUAUUGAAGUUCAUCCUCCUAAUGUUGUCAGUACAAAGGGAAGUGGAAGUAGGAGAAAAUCGAAGAAGGAGUCGGCAAUAAAGUUAGCAAUGAAACCAGGCCGAAAGUGUGGAAAUUGUCAUGUGAUUGGACACCAUGAUUCGAGGAACUGCAAAAAGGUGAAUGAGAAGACAAAACAGAGGCAGUGA